CACAGCCUCUCUCUCUCUCUCAGCAAUCAAAACUAUCAAAAGCUUCAAUUUUCAUUUUCAAGAAUUAGCAAAUGGCUAGAACCAAGCAGACAGCGAGGAAAUCAACCGGAGGAAAAGCUCCAAGGAAGCAACUCGCGACGAAGGCUGCGAGAAAAUCAGCUCCGGCCACCGGAGGAGUGAAGAAGCCACACAGAUUCCGUCCAGGAACAGUGGCGUUGAGAGAAAUCAGGAAAUAUCAAAAAAGCACCGAGCUUUUGAUCCGUAAGCUUCCGUUCCAGAGACUAGUUCGUGAGAUUGCUCAAGAUUUCAAGACUGAUCUGAGGUUCCAGAGCAGUGCUGUCGCGGCUCUCCAAGAAGCAGCUGAAGCUUACUUGGUUGGUUUGUUUGAGGAUACUAACCUUUGUGCGAUUCAUGCUAAAAGGGUUACGAUUAUGCCUAAGGAUAUUCAACUUGCAAGGAGGAUUAGGGGUGAGAGAGCUUAAGAUAAGGAAGACGAAGAAGAAGAUUAGUUUAGAUUCACUCUUUUUUUGUUUCCUCUGUUUGUAGUUUUUUUUCUGUUUAGAAGUGUCGUCCAGAUGUUCGAUGAAAUUCCUAAAUGAAAAUUUAUUCUAGUUUUCUAUUCAA